AUGAGUGAGAAUACUCGAAUAACUAAUCAUGAUCAAAACAUAUCACCACAAACAUAUUCAAAUUCAAAUCAUGGAUUUUCUGAUAUGAUACAAGGAGAAGACCUUGAAUUUAGAAGAGAUAAUGAUGAUGAUUCAUUUCCUAUAACACAUAAGAUAGAAGCAUUAGGUCAUAUAACUCCUCCAAGUAUAUUAUCAAGAUGUUCAACUAAUCAACUAAUAACAAUGGCAGGUGCGGCAUCUGGUUUUUUAGCGGGUGUAGUUGUUUGUCCAUUAGAUGUUAUCAAAACGAAAUUACAAGCACAAGGAAGUCAAGGUAAAAGAUUAAAUUUUAGACAAACUUUGGAAACAAUACUACGAGAUGAAGGAAUUAAAGGAUUAUAUCGAGGUUUAGUUCCUAUUACAAUUGGUUAUUUACCAACUUGGACGAUAUAUUUUACGGUUUAUGAAAGAGCUAAAAGAUUUUAUCCAGAUUAUCUACUACAUCAUUGGGAUAUAAAUAGUCCUUCAUUAAAUCAUUUUUGUGCAGCAAUAACUGCAGGUAUGGCAUCUUCAAUAGCAGUUAAUCCUAUAUGGGUUGUUAAAACAAGAUUAAUGGUUCAAUCAAGUAAAAAAUCAUCAAAUCCAGAUGAAAUACGGUAUAAAGGAACUAUAGAUGCUUUUAAAAAAAUGUAUAAAGAUGAAGGUAUUAAAGUAUUUUAUAGUGGAUUAAUACCUUCAUUAUUUGGAUUAUUACAUGUUGGUAUCCAUUUUCCAGCUUAUGAGUACCUAAAAUCUUUAUUACAUUGUAAAACAAUAGAUCAACAACAUGAAGUAUCCGGUUUAUUAUGGAGAUUAAUAGCAGCUUCAUCAAUAUCAAAAAUGAUUGCAAGUACAAUCACAUAUCCUCAUGAAAUAUUAAGAACAAGAAUGCAAAUAAGGCAGCAUAAACAAAAACAUUUAGGUGGUGAAUGUAAUAAACCAUCUUUAAUUCACACUAUAAAACAAAUUUUUCAUAAAGAAGGUAUAAAAGGUUUUUAUGCUGGUUAUUUUACUAACUUGUUAAGAACUGUACCUGCAAGUGCUGUAACAUUAGUUAGUUUUGAAUAUUUCAAAACUUAUUUAUUAGACAUUAGUGGUAAAACUCGAAAAUUAAAUAAUUAA